GUGUCCCUUCUCUCCCUCUUCUCCUUCUCCCCGCCAUCCUCCCUCCUCCAUUAAGCAAUCUCCCUCCCCUCUCACCAAACAAAGUGCCCCACUUCACUUUCCCUUCACUCCCUUCAAUUAUUCAUCAAUUCAGGCCCUCCUUCCUCCCUAACUCCAACACCAUGGCCGCCCUCCCUUCUUUCUGCCGUGGUGUCCCCCCCUCCCGAUCCUUCUUCUUCCUCUCUCUUCUUUUCCUUUCCCUUCUGCCAUUCCACUCUGCCCAGAAAUUCCCUUCUUCUUCCGGCUCCGGUCAGAUUAACUCCAACUCUAUUCUCGUCGCUCUUCUCGAUUCCCAUUAUACUGAGCUGGCUGAGCUUGUGGAGAAAGCGCUUCUCCUGCAGAAACUAGAGGAUACCGUGGGCGCCAACAAUAUCACCAUCUUCGCCCCGCGAAAUGAAGCUCUGGAGCGUCAGCUCGACCCCGAGUUCAAGCGAUUCCUGCUUGAGCCCGGCAAUCUCAGGUCCCUACAGACCCUUCUCAUGUAUCACAUUGUGCCCAAACGAAUCGGUUCCAGUGACUGGCCCGCUGAGAGUUCUGGAGCUGUUCCGCAUCAGACUUUAUGCAAUGACCACGUGCAUUUGGCGAGCAAGGGUCCUGCGAGCAAGGUUGUUGGUUUGGCCGAGAUUGUUCGCCCCGACGACGUCGUUCGUCCUGAUGGUGUGAUUCACGGCAUUGAGCGGCUUUUGGUCCCGCGAUCAGUUCAGGAGGAUUUCAAUCGCCGCCGGAAUUUGCGGGACAUAUCGGCAGUUCUCCCUGAGGGAGCGCCGGAGGUGGAUCCCCGCACCCACCGGUUGAAGAAACCCGCUCCCGUGCCCGCCGGGGCUCCUCCUGUGUUGCCCAUUUACGACGCCAUGGCCCCGGGUCCUUCACUCGCUCCGGCACCGGCACCUGGACCCGAUGGUCCUCAUGGUCACUUCAAUGGUAUGCGUCAGGUGAAAGACUUCAUUCAUACUCUGUUGCAUUACGGUGGCUACAAUGAAAUGGCAGAUAUUCUGGUUAACUUGACAUCUUUGGCCACCGAAAUGGGAAGGUUAGUCUCAGAGGGUUAUGUCCUGACGGUGUUGGCUCCCAAUGACGAGGCCAUGGCGAAGCUCACCACAGACCAAUUGAGUGAACCGGGUGCGCCGGAGCAAAUAAUCUACUACCAUAUCAUACCGGAGUAUCAGACGGAGGAAAGUAUGUACAAUGCUGUGAGGAGGUUUGGGAAAGUUCGGUACGACACUCUGCGGUUGCCACACAAGGUCGUGGCUCAGGAGGCUGAUGGGUCUGUGAAGUUUGGGCAAGGUGAAGGGUCUGCAUAUCUGUUCGAUCCUGAUAUAUAUACAGAUGGGAGAAUUUCAGUACAGGGUAUUGAUGGAGUUCUUUUCCCGGCCGAAGAGGAGCCAAAGACUGAGCGAAAAACAGUACCGGUCGUCAAAGUUGCCACUAAACCAAGGAGAGGGAAGUUGCUGGAAGUAGCUUGUAGCGUGUUUGGAGCUUUUGGACGAGUCUGCUAAUCGAAUCGUUUUCUCAACUAAUAGCUUGGAAAAAAUUAAAAAUUUUUAAAAAAUAAUAAUAAAGGGGUAAAUUUAUGUAAACAAAUUGUUAUAUGUGGUAGGAGUAAUCAGUUCAAUACGAAAGGAUGCAUGUUGAAUUUACAAUUGGAGGGAGCGAUAAAGUUGGCGGGAUUUCCGUGGAAAACCCACAGAAGAUAAAAUCCUGUCAUUUUGCUUUACAUACUGUAAUUACGUACCAUUUUUUUAUUACUUUUUUUUUUGUGUUGAUUCUGUCUCUGCCUGUCCCUGUGUAUGCAUAAAUAACCUUGAAAUACGACACUUAUCUUCAUCCCAGAUUGCAAAAAUUUUUCACUGCCUGCGUGAAUUAAAUUCAUACAUAGUCUACUCUUA